AUGGCGUCGAACAAACCAUUUCCGAAAUCAUUUGGGCUAAUCCUGUUCCCCGGCUUCGAGGUUUUGGACGUGGCGGGUCCCAUCGAGAUGCUGAAUCGUCUCGCACGGAGAGAAGGAUACCAUGAUAUGAGUUUGAGCGUCAUCAGCAGAACCACAGACCCCGUCAAUCCUGGGCCAAUUCCACCAUAUACGGCUGGAAAGGCCUUCCUCGGUAAUCAGCUAUACCUGCCUACUCAUACACUCGAGUCCGCCCCGGAAAUCGACGUCCUGCUCGUGCCUGGGGGAUUUGGGGCCUUCGACCUACACAAGACGAACCUCGAGGACUACGUUCAAUUCAUUCGAGACCGCUACAGCGGUAACAAUGGCCAUCAGCCACUACAGUACAUCAUCAGCGUGUGCAAUGGAGCAGGCUUUCUGGCCAAGUCUGGGAUCUUGGACGACCGCAAAGCUACGACAAACAAAGACUUCUGGAACGAGGUCGCAGCGUACGGACCUAAGACGCAUUGGAUCGCGAAGGCUCGUUGGGUGAAUGAUGGCAAUAUCUGGACAACUUCCGGUGUUAGCGCUGGUGCUGACGGGGUCAUUGCGUGGAUGGCUUCCCUGAUUCCAAAAGAGCUGGUGGAUGAUGUCGUUAAUGGUGUUGAGUGGUUCCGUGCGAAGAAUGCAGACAACGACCCGUUCGCAGAAAUUUUUGGGCGUCGUGACAUUGCACCUGUUGCGGAAUGA